AUUCUAUUUCAAGUCGAAGAUAUUUUUCGGUGGCAAAAAAGCUUAUUUCUUUUAGGGUUUCUUCUGCUGUGUUCUCUUGUUCUCUUUUUUUUCUCUCUGACCAUUGCGAAGGAAAAUCAAUCAAUUCUAGGGUUUCUUGGUGGGACGCUUCUUCUUUUCAGAAGAGAUAUACAUUAGAUUUCAUACUGGAAUUGUUUUCUCGAUCUGUACGACGUGCUUUGGGCUGUGUUUGGGAUUAGGUUUAAAGCGUGUUUGUCCUUCCAAUUAUGCGAUCAUCAUGGGCUGAUUCCGUCGCGAACGCCGAGAGCUCGGCGGGCGCGGCCUCUGGAUUCAACACCACCUCGUCCUCCAGCGCAGGUGUUGCGGUGACUUCUCGCCCUGAGCGCAAUUCUUACGUCCCUCCUCAUCUCCGUAAUCGUCCUGCUGCUUCAGAUCCCCCGGCCCCUUCUCACUCUGACGGCGGUUUUUCCGCUGUUAAGCCUUCAGGGUUCUCCGUACCUUCUGGUGGUAAUCGCUGGGGAAGCGGCAGUAGUGGCCAUGAUGCGGGCCGCCCAAACGUCGGUGGUGGGCGUCCCUUAGGUGGUGGUGGUGGUGGGUGGAACUCCCGGACCAGUGGUUGGGACCGAGGCAGGGAUCGGGAACCCAAUCCCUUUGGACAUGAGGAUGAGACAGCAGAAGCUGCUUUCGAUGAUCUGCAGAACACUGGGAUCAAUUUUGAUGCGUAUGAGGACAUUCCAGUUGAGACUAGCGGUGAUAAUGUGCCUCCGCCUGCUAAUACCUUUGCUGAGAUUGAUCUUGGAGCGGCUUUAAAUGAGAAUAUUAGGAGAUGCAAGUAUGUGAAGCCGACACCAGUGCAGCGACAUGCAAUCCCAAUCUCACUAUCAGGAAGAGAUCUGAUGGCUUGCGCACAGACAGGAUCAGGAAAGACUGCCGCAUUCUGCUUUCCUAUUAUAAGUGGGAUAAUGAGGAGCCCACCUUUACAGAAAACAAGAGGGGCUCGGAUUGUGUACCCACUUGCUCUGAUUUUAUCGCCAACCCGUGAACUUUCUGUUCAAAUACAUGAGGAGGCUAGGAAAUUUGCUUAUCAAACUGGUGUUAAGGUGGUGGUUACUUAUGGUGGAGCCCCCGUUAAUCAGCAGUUGCGAGACCUAGAGAGGGGCGUUGAUGUCCUUGUUGCAACUCCUGGCCGAUUGGUGGAUCUGCUUGAAAGGGCUAGAGUUUCAUUAUCGAUGAUCAGGUAUUUGGCCUUAGAUGAAGCUGAUAGAAUGCUUGAUAUGGGUUUUGAACCACAGAUCAGAAAGAUUGUGGAGCAGAUGGACAUGCCCCCGCCAGGUGUGAGGCAGACUAUGCUCUUCAGUGCCACCUUUCCAAAAGAGAUUCAGAGACUGGCUGCUGAUUUUCUUUCGAAAUAUAUCUUCCUAGCUGUGGGAAGGGUUGGGUCCAGCACUGAUUUGAUCGUUCAGAGAGUGGAAUUUGUUCAAGAAUCUGAUAAACGAAGCCAUCUUAUGGAUCUUCUUCAUGCCCAAAGAGCAAACGGGGUGCAGGGAAAGCAAGCGCUGACUUUAGUUUUUGUGGAGACAAAGAAAGGAGCUGAUUCCUUGGAGCAUUGGUUAUGUAUGAAUGGAUUUCCUGCAACUUCUAUUCAUGGCGAUAGAACACAGCAAGAACGCGAGUAUGCUCUGAGAUCUUUCAAAAGUGGUCAGGCUCCAAUUUUGGUGGCAACUGAUGUUGCAGCUCGGGGACUUGACAUUCCACAUGUGGCUCACGUAGUAAACUUCGACCUUCCUAAUGACAUUGAUGACUACGUGCACCGGAUUGGAAGAACAGGGAGAGCAGGAAAGUCAGGUUUGGCGACCGCCUUCUUUAAUGAUAGCAAUACCUCCAUGGCCAGACCUCUCUCUGAGCUCAUGCUGGAGUCAAACCAAGAGGUACCACCCUGGCUUAGUCGGUAUGCAGCUCGAUCUUCUUACGUCGGCGUCGGUCGUAAUCGGCGCUCUGGCGGUGGAGGCCGCUUUGGUGGCCGUGACUUCAGGAGGGACUCUUAUAACAGGGGUGGUGGCGGUGGCGGUGAUUACUAUGGCGGCGGUGGUGGCGGUGGCGGCGGUGGUGGCGGUUAUGGUGGUGGAGGAUCGGCCGGAUACAGUGGUGGCGGCGGAGGCUAUGGAGGCAACAACCCAGGGUUUACAAGCGCUUGGGACUGAUCCUUGGUAGCAUGUCUUAACACUGUAUUUUUGUCUGUUAUUUCUUAAGAUUAUAUAUUCUUGACUAGGCUUUAAUAUCUAAGGAUUAAGGUAUGGGGGUAAUUGCCCCCCCUUUUUUGACUUCACUUUAAUGAGUAAUGUCUCUUUUUAUUUGGCUUCCAUUGUUGUUUGGUUGGUUGUAUCUAGCGUUUGUUUGAUUGACCCUACUGUUCGUUUUGUUUUAAAAUAAUAGUUUCCAUGAAAAAUAUCUUUUA